AUGGAUAAGGAGACUGAUCAGCAUAGGUGAGGUUUUUCUCUAUUUAAAUUUUAUAUAAUUUUAUUUAUUUUUAUGAGUUUCAGGCAAAUGCGCCGUGUCGCUUUUGCGGCUACUGUCGUUUCUUGCGUCUCGGUUUUCUGCGCCGUUGUGACAUUGCCACUUCUUUAUACCUAUGUUCAAACUUUGCAACAAGAAAUCGUUUUGGAGACUGAUUUCUGCAAAUUGAGAUCUCGUGAUUUGCUCGUUUCACUUUCUCAGAGAGCCCCUGAAAACAGAGUUAAGAGAGGAUGGCUGUUCGGACAAUGGGUUCCAGAUAGUGGUGCUGGCGGCGGUGCUGCUCAAGGAGACUACGGUGCACCAGCAACUGAACAAGCCUAUGCUCCAGCUCCAGCUCCAACCGGAUAUGGACCAGUUGUUAAUGCUGAACCAGCUCCACAAUGUUGCACAUGUCAACAAGGAAAUGCUGGACCACCAGGACCACCAGGAGAUGAUGGAAAAGACGGUCAAGACGGUCAACAAGGAAAUAACGCCAAGAAUGGAAAAGAUGGUGGAGUUGCACCAUCUGAGGGACUUCAAAGCGAACCAUGUGUUAUCUGCCCACCAGGACCACAAGGGCCACAAGGAGCAGCUGGAAAGAAGGGACCAACUGGACCAAGAGGAUCACCAGGACUUGGAGGAAUUGAUGGACGACGCGGAGAACCAGGAAUGGCUGGACCAGCCGGACUUCAAGGAGAACAAGGACCAGAAGGACCAGCUGGAAAGAGAGGAGAUGAUGGACGUGUUAUCAACGUGAGAAAUACUUAUUGAUUUUUUAUUAGGCUUUGCAUUAUACGUUAUUUUUCAGAUCAAUGGACCACCAGGACCAAAAGGAGCCCCAGGGCCACAAGGACACAAGGGAGAAACUGGGCCAAAGGGACGUCGUGGAAGCAGCAUUCCUGGGCCACAAGGACCACCUGGAGAUCAAGGAAGAAAGGGAAGAGCUGGAAGAAAGGGAGAAACUGGACCACAAGGAGGUUUGGGAUCAAAAGGACCAAACGGAGAUUGUUUCCAUUGUCCAACACCAAGAACACCACCAGGUUAUUAA